AUGCCGCUCAACUCGAAGGCUAUUUAUGCAAAGACGGACGCUGAUUUUGUCCCUUUUGCUAGUCGGAGAAGUACUGUUCACAGCAAACAUGGCAUUGUGUCAUGUACGCAACCGUUGGCAGCUGCUGCGGGGCAUCGCAUUUUGAGCCAGGGUGGAAAUGCAGCGGAUGCUGCUGUUGCUGUUGCUGCCGCAAUGAACAUGUCUGAGCCUGGCUCGACCGGAAUUGGCGGCGAUAUGUUCUGUCUAUUUUACAAGGCUGAAACUAAGAGAGUCCAUGCGCUGAACGGCUCAGGUCGAUACCCCGCUAAGGCGACAUUGGAACAAGUGCGCAAGGACCUGAACUUGGCUCCCGGUGCACCAGGGAGCAUUCCUUUCUUGAAUGCUCUCGCGGCAACAGUCCCCGGCGCUGCAGCAGGCUGGGUGGAUACAAUUGAGAAGUUUGGAAGUGGCAAGCUGUCAUUGGAGCAGAUUCUGACACCUGCUAUUGAGAUGGGUGAAGAGGGCUUUGUAGUCUCGGAGCUUGCGUCCCACGGUUGGCAAGAAGCUGAGAAGGAUAUACGUGCCGCGUCACCUAACUUCCGCGAAAUGCUAAAGAAGGAUCCAGCCGCUAAGGACGGAGUGCGUGCCCCUCUCCCUGGCGAGAUAAUGAAGAACCCCACAUUGGCGAAGACUUUCCGUGCUUUGGCAGCCGAUGGAAAGAAGGGCUUCUACCAAGGUAGAAUUGCAGAGGAGAUUGUGAAGGUAGCCCAGGAUCUGGGUAGUUAUUUGGACCUCGAGGAUCUUGCUCAACAUGCCGCGCAGGGUACACAGGAAGUGGAUGCCAUCUCACUCAAGUUCACCGGCCAAGACAAUGCAUCCAAGCAGUCACCAGGGACCAAUGGCACUAACCAGGGUGUUGAAGUCUGGGAACAUCCGCCUAAUGGCCAGGGUAUUGUCGCACUCAUGGCCCUCGGCAUUAUGGAAGAGCUAGAGCGGGCUGGCAAGAUCCCCAAGUUCAGCCAGGACCAACACAACUCUGCAGAAUACCUCCAUGCUGUGAUUGAAAGUGUAAGAAUCGCCUUCGCUGACGCGGGGUGGUGGGUGACAGACCCUGAUGUGGAGCGAGUACCCUCGCAAGGCCUUCUCGCUCGUAACUACCUAGCCGAACGGGCGAAGCUGUUCUCGCCAGACGGUGUGGCCGAGCUUUUAGACCAUGGCAGCCCAGCACACAACCAUUGCGAUACAGUUUACUUCGCCGUGACAGACCGCGAAGGGAACGGCAUCUCGUUCAUCAAUAGUAACUAUGCUGGAUUCGGCACAUCUAUCAUUCCCGCCGGCUGCGGCUUCACUUUGCAAAACCGUGGUGCCAAUUUCUCCUUGCAGGCUGGGCACCCGAAUGUCCUGGCCCCACACAAGCGGCCCUACCAUACUAUUAUUCCCGCCUUGAUCACCAAUGUGGAGGACGGCUCUCUGAACUCCGUGUAUGGUGUGAUGGGUGGCUUCAUGCAGCCACAGGGCCAUGUACAGGUGCUACUCAACAUGCUUGCAUUCGGAUACCACCCUCAAGCAGCUCUUGACUCCCCGCGUAUUUGCGUCAAGGCACCAACAUCUGAGGAUCACGACCGCACAGUGUGUGUCGAGGAGGGGAUCAGUGAGGAAGCCAUUGAGGGAUUGCGCCGUCUAGGCCACAAGAUUGAGGUGUUGAAGGGUUGGGAAAGGUCGAUGUUUGGUCGGGGGCAGAUCAUUCGUCUACAUUAUGACGAUGAUCAAUUGGUGUAUAGUGCAGGCAGUGACCCGCGUGGCGAUGGAAUGGCCUUUCCUCUACUGUAA